AUGCCCGCACCAUCGGACGCAACGUCCCUCGCGGAUGCACAGAAACGUGCUCCCGCCGACCACAAGGCAGUCAUCGAGUUCUUGCGCGGCAAGAACGGGCCCAAAGUCCGGCGCGGCGUGCUGAACGGCAAGCGCGUCGACUUCUUCAAGGGCAAGACGGCGGUCCGCACGCUCAUGGGUCCAGCGUACCAGAAGCUCGGGAAGAAGGUGCCGCCCGUCACGAGUGAGGAGGAGGCUGCGGCGCUCAUUACCAAGUGCCUUCCCUAUGCCUACUUCCUUCGUGUCGACCGCCUCAACCCCAACCCGCCCAUCCCCAGCGGCAUGCCCAAGCCCCUCAACCUCAGCCAGCAGCAGCAGUUCGACUCUGCAGGCUACUACAGCUGGUUCUACGAGGGCUCGCCCUUCUGGAACAUUGUCGGCGGUAUCGCCAUGGUGGCCGUGAUGCUCGCGGGCGUCAUGUUCCCCCUCUGGCCCGUCAAGCUCCGCAUCGGCGUCUGGUACCUCUCGGUCGGCGCGCUCGGUCUGGUCGGCCUCUUCAUCGUCAUUGCCAUUAUCCGCCUCAUCCUCUGGUGCAUCACCAAAGUCUCCAUGGCCAAGGCCAUCUGGAUCUUCCCAAAUCUGUUCGAGGACGUCGGGUUCGUUGACUCGUUCAUCCCCGCAUGGGAGUGGGACGAGCCGAAGAAGAAGCGUCUCCGCAAGGUCGGCGAGAAGCGCAAGAGGAAGGAGAAGGACGUCACCGAGGAGAAGGCUCCUGCAGCUGCUGCGCCGCCCAGCGCCAUCCCCUCGGCCAUUGGAUCCGCUGACCCCGCGGCCGCGGCUGCUGAGGCUGCCCGCGCCCCAACUCCCGGCAACGCCGACACCGCGUCUGGCGUUGCUAGCUCGCCCGCUGCCCCAACGGCCGCCGCUGCUUCCACGGCUACCACUACCGCGACCGCGCCGCCCGCGACUAACCCCACGCCGCGCAGCCGGAAGGCUGCGACGGUUGAGGAGAUCGAGGACGAGUAG